AUGUCGCAUCUUACAUACUUUGCCUACCCCGACCACGGUGUCCAUCUUCAAGAGGCCAUGCACUACAGCCAAGCCGUGCGGGUGGGAGACCGGAUCGAAUGCGCCGGACAGUGCGGCUGGGACGCCAAGACAGGCAAAGUCCCAGAGGACCCAGAGGAGGAAGUGGCCAACGCAUUCAAGAACGUGGACCUCAACCUCCGGUGGGCGGGCGGCAAGGGCUGGUCACAGGUGUACAAGGUCAGGCUCUACGUCACCGACCUCAGCGACGAGUUCAUCGGGGUCUUCCUCAAGCACCUGCGCGAGGCGGUGCCGGAUCACAAGCCCAUCUUGACGGGGGUCAAGGUUGCGAGUUUGGCGUCGCCGGAUACGAGGUUGGAAGUUGAGGUUUCUGCGCAUGUUCCGGGGGUGGAUGGCGCAUAA